AUCUAGGAGCCCUAGAUUUCGAGAAUGGCGGGGAGCACGCGCCUGGCGAUCGCGCUCUCGGCGCUGGCGUACAUUCUCGCAGGGCUCCCAUUUUGGUGGAAGCUGACAGAAGUGUACCGUGUGCCACUGCCAUAUCGCGAGGUUGAGGGAUUCGUAACAAAGCAAUCGUCGUCGUCGGCCGCGAGAGUACACUGCCAGCUCCAGAUCGUCUUCUUCUCCAAAGAAGAAACUCCAGACCGGGAUGCGAAGUGGAGUGAUCGACUGGAAGUGGUGUUGAGAGCCACUCGCGAGUGGUCUAGCAGUGGCUUUUGCGAGAUCGAAGUGGCCGUGACGCUAGAUGCCAAGGGACUGUGUCUCCACAAGCGUGGGGGAGAUAGAGCGAAGCCGCUCUGGGAAUGCGGCCGUGUUCUUGACAGCCUCCAUAGCCAAGACUCCACCUCGAUCGACGAGAGCUUGAAGAACUAUAUCGGUGAAGAUCGAGCAGGAAAAUACACCAUUCUAGUUCUCCUCGAUGGAGAGCUUUCGCAAGGCGGUGGUGCCGAGGCCGUGGUGGGAAAGUAUCGUCAUGCAUGGGUGGUUUUUCCACCGAGUUUGCUGGGGAAUGACGAGCAGCUCACUCGGAUUAUUUCCGAGACAGCGGGUGUUCUUCUCGCGGGUGGAAAGCCCGCGACUGCAGUGGCAAAGACGAUGCCUUUAGCCGCGGAUGGAUCGGCGAUCCUGUCCUUCAGCUUGCUCAACGCGGAUCCAGAAAACUGGAUUUUCAACUGGGACUUUGACAGUGUGGAAUCGCAGUAUCUAUCUCCUGUCGUCGACGCACUGGCUCCCGUGGCGCGUUUAAGCGUUGAAAGCCAGGUCCUGUACUACACUCCAGCAGCAGCGAGGUCCCAAUGGAACGCAGAUAUCCGGUCGCACGUUAUUGAAUCAAAGGAUCUCUCCUUUUUUGUGAACGCCAACGAAUGGCAUUUGGAUACGUCUGCUGCCGCAGCUGGGCGGUCGAAAGUUCUCCAUUUUGCAAUAUAUGUGCCUCCCGUCGAGGAAUGCCCGUUGCGCAUCAAGCUGUCAAGCGGCCGCAUAACCUCCUCGGCCUCCAUCGACGGUUUUACCUCUCCAGGGUGGGGAGGUGUGGUCAUCUGGAACCCGCCCGGGUGUCUGGUUGCUGAUAAUAGCACCUUGCGGCAGCGACUAAAUGUGAACGACUUGAAGACGACGAUGGAGGUGGUUGUCGCUCAGCUCCGGACACUGUUUGGUCUGCCUCCGGUACCACCGCGCAGGAAAGCUCCAAAGCUGUCCAUUCUUUGCAACCAGAGAACAGGAUUUGCAGAGUGGGAGCUGGAUCUGCUGCUGCGCAGGCGCGUCAUAGCUGAUGUAAACUCCACCGCUUCUACCUUGGCAUCACUCCUAAAACUGGUGGAAUCGCUUCCAAAGAUGGUUAUUCAGCAAGAGAUUGGUGUCCAGGUGACAACGUCGCUCGAGGCGGCUGAGAAAGCCAUGGACGCUGGAAACGCUUCCUACCAAGUGAUUGGCAAUUUCUCGGCAACGGCAAAAGCCUGGGCUGAAGAGGCUUUCUUUCAUCCAUCGAUCAUGUCUCUCCUUCACUUCCCAAAGGAGCACCAGUUCGCGAUGUACACGCCAUUUUUCGUUCCAGUGCUGCUUCACACUGUUAUCUCCGUUGUCAAGGAGACAAUGAGAUACGCUCGAAAGUCGUCGAGGAAAUAGGUGGUUUGAUCUUACAAUUCAUGCGAGAACUUCAGCGUCCUUCCCUUGAACGAAACAUUGAAAUGUAGCUUCUAUAUUAGAAUUAACAGUCUCCUUGCGGUUUUCAUUUCGCUAGAAAAACGAUGGACAAGAAGAGUGAUAAAGCUCAAGUCAAUGAACAGCCUGCCCUGCGCGAUUCACGCCUAGGUGCUGUAACUUCUUUGCAAUAAAAUCCUCCUCUUCUUCCUCC